CUACGUAUUCCUUACUUUAAAAUAAAGUAGAGAAUUUAUUAGGGAAGUAGAAAUAAAUAGGGAAGUAAAAAAGGCAAUUUGGACGGAACCCAAAAAUAAGCAGUUUUUACCGACCAAAAUCAGGGGAGUCCCGUCCCGUCUUCACCAAAACCGUGGCGCAGGAACGCCAUUUGGAUGUCCUCCUGAGCACCAUGCCGACGCCAGCCUCACCGACGCCGCCGCCGCAUCGCAGCCGGACCGAGGACCUAAUAGGACGGCUGAGCUCCACGAGCUCCGAAAUUCAGCUUAAGGCUCUCCGGGAGCUUAAGAACCAGAUCAUCGGCAACCGAACUAAAAAGGUAUUAUUUCUCAAGCUCGGCGCCGUCCCCGCCGUCGUUUCCGUCCUUUCUUCAGCCGCCUCCGCUAGUGGAGGCGCAGAGAUCAACGAUUCCCUGUUAAUUCAGUCCGCGGCUGUUAUUGGGAGCUUUGCCUGCGGUCUCGAUGCGGGUGUCAAGGCGGUCCUAGAGGCCGGAGCUUUUCCUCUCCUUCUCCGCCUCAUUUCUCAUUCUAACGACAAGGUUGUGGGUGCUGGUGCAAGGUCCCUCAAGUUGAUUUAUCAGUCAAAAUUGGCUCCAAAAUAUGAUUUCAUCCAAGAUGACAAUGUGGCCUUUAUCCUUUUGCUAUUAAAUAGUGAGAAUGAAAAUGUUUCUGGACUGGGUGCAAGUAUCAUCUCGCAUUCUUGUAAGACAUAUGCAGAACAGAAGGCAUUGAGUGAUGCUGGAAUCACAAAAAGACUUAUUAGCCUUCUUGGAGGCUCUCUAGUUCAAAGGGAUGCUAGUCUAGAAGCCUUGGCCACAAUUAUGAAGCAAAAUCCUGAAGUCACUUUGGAAUUCAUGGAGCCCCAAAGGGGAAGAGCAUUGAAUAUGGUUAUCGAGCUAACUAAAGAUAAAUAUUCACGAACAAAACUGCUUGCAUGCACAUGCUUGAUUUCCAUUAUUCAUACUUCUCCUUCUUAUCUUCAAGAUGUACAAAUAAAAAGGAAAUUGAUACUAAUAUUACUGGAUCUUCUUGAGGAAUCUGGUCAAGUAGGAGAUGAAGCUCCUUUUGUUCUAUCUAGUUUAACUUCAGAAGAUGAGGGUCUGCAAAGAUUAGCAUUUGAAGCAAGUGCUAUUGAUAGACUUUGCAAACAUUUUGGAAAGGAUUCAUUACAACCAAGACGUUCUCAGGGAAUAUUGCAUGCACUGGCCGAUAUCUGUUCAAGGCUAGAAUGUUGUAGGGAUCGGCUGAUAUCUUUAGAGGCUUUUAAGCUUGUGACCGAGGCCCUUGGGGGCAAGAGCCCUGAAGUUCGUAUUGCAGCUUGCAUCUGUGUGAAAAAUGUUUCUCGUUCUGUCAAGCGCCUGAGUGCAGGUUGUUUUUUGAAGGAAACUGUAACAGCCCCCCUGGUUCAGCUUUUGUUUGACGAAUCUGAAAAUGUCCAGGUUGCUGCCCUUGGUGCCAUUAGCAAUGUCGUGGUUGAUUUUGUCUCAAAUAAAUCAAUAUUCCUGGAAUGUGGAGGCGUAAAACAGAUUGUUCAACUUUCGAAGUCAAUGGAUUCAACUAUUAGGGUAAAAGCAGUGUGUGCUUUGAGGAAUCUGGUGUUCCUUACAAACAACAGGUGCAAGGAAGAAAUCCUCUUGGAACUCACACAACCAGCAUUAGAAUGUCUCAUUUGUGACCCUGAAUCAUGUGUUCAAGAGCAAGCAUUGGCUCUUGUUGGAAAUCUUGUUGGUGGGUCCAUUGAUUGCAUUGAUUAUGUAUUUGUGGAUGAUGCUCUUCUGCUUCAUGCAGUGGGAAAACAGCUACAAAAUGCUUCAAAAGCUGAAGUUUUAAUUCAGGGUAUGUAUGUUCUAAGCAAUGUGGCAUCAGGAAAUGAGUUUCACAAGGAAGCAGUUAUGCACCAGCUUUUCCCGCCAUCAUCUAAUGACACCAUGCAAUCAGUGGUGUCUAAGUUCUUGCAGAGUAGUGACAGCCGAUUACGCACUGCUGCUGUUUGGGCUUUAGUAAAUCUUACUUUUCCUACAAGCAGUCCUGGAACAUCUGCUCGAGUUGUAAAGCUACACAAUAACGGCAUACUUUCUCAAUUGAAGAAUAUGGUUAAUGAUCCCUGUCUGGAUGUGAAGCUUAGAGCAAGAACAAUCAUUGGGCAAUCAAUGACUUGUGGCGAUGCCUCUGCAUGAAUGUCAUGCUUAUAAAUCUGGCCAAUUAUCUCCACAGCUGCCGCAGUGGAGGCGUGGAGCAUGAUCAUUUGGCCUUUAACUUCUUUUUAAGUGCAAUCUCUUCUUUGUCUUGAGUUUGGACCAUACAAGCAUGGUCCAAGCAUUCACUUCCAUACUUUUUCGUUUUGUAACUUUGAAGGUCUUCAUGAGGACACGCUCACAUUGUAUGUGAUUUUUCCCGAGCAGAGGUCUUAUAUUCCGGAUGUUUCUUUACAAGGACACGGUUAGCGUUUGCUAGUUUGUUCUGAACUAUUUUUCUUUAUAUCUCCCCGUCCGCCCACCCACAUCUAUCUACCUGCAAAGGCGUGGUGGACAGGGUGUGCAAUCCUCAUUUCUACAUGGUCUAGUAAGUAGGGAUUGUUUUGUAAAAAUGCAUUGGGGAGGAAUGUUCAUAUAUGCCUUGAAGGGUAUUCAUAUGGCCAGUUACAACCAUGCUAGGGGUAUCCCAAGGACUGUGCACCAAAAGUAUGCACCAAUAUUUCGAUGGUUCACACCGACACAAUAUACUAGUGCGAUCAAAAAAUUUUGCACUAGCAUUUUGUGCUUGCGUGAACCAUCACACUGGCACAAAGUGAAGGUGUACAAUUUGAGGUACAACUCUUGAUGUAUAAGUAGCUUAGUUGGAUAUUAUUGUGCAAUAAUCAAUGUACAACUACAAAUUUUAUUCCGAAACUAAAAUUUCUCCCCUGAGUGAAAAAAUUCUUCACCAUUGG